CGCAGCAAACCCUCCGACUGUCCUUUGACUCUCCAGUCUCGCCGCGUGCUCUUUGCCUUGUCUCUAUCCCUUCCUCCUCCUUUUUUAUUCGAAAAUGGCGGAAGAUGUUGAGCAGGGAGCGUUACGGUUGCGGCCUCACGAAAUGGGGGCGUUCCUGGAGAGCCAGCUCCCCUGCGAGUUUCCCUAUGACCUCCACUCCGUGCUCAGCUCCACGGAGAGCGAUGAAGACGAGUACAUGGCGGGCCUUACCCGACGCAUCGCUCACUGCACGCUCGAGGAGGAUGACAGGCAGGCCGCUCGGAAGGUGGGCGCGGUGGUAGGUUCUCCGCAGUCGACGCUCUGCUCCCUGGGUAGCUGGUCUGCCCGGAGUCUGGACUCGAAAGGGAGCCACGGCAGCUCCAACGGCACGUCUCAGGUGUCGUCGCCAACAUCGACGCAGCUUAACGAAGACGUCGAUGGUUGGGAUCUGCUUUGUGAUGCGGCAGGACAGGUAGCGCGGAUGAGGAUGAGCGAUGACGAGGAGAGCUGCCAGGCAAAAGGCCUUCUCGGCCUUCCCAGAAGACCGCCACCGGUCAUGGUUCUGGGGAAACCUGGCGUCCAGUCGAAGACUACCAACGGUUCCGGAGUUCUCCUGCAGCGUUGCUGGGGUGGAAACCAUAGAGACUACGCCGCACUUUCUAUACAACUGGAGAUGCUCAAGCAACAUCGACAGCAGGAGCAGCAGCAACAACAGGGUUGGGGGAGACAAGAGAAGAUUCCGCAGGUGCAGCAAGUGAACAGUCGGCUCAAGGGCGGAACUAACGGGCAACGGGGCCGGCCCCCUGUCUUCUCCUCCUCUGCGUGGCCUCCUCUCCAGGGCCAGUCGGCUAACACCGGCAUGAGGGCGGUUUUCCUCAGCAGCAACUCUGGUUCUAAAAGGGGGUCUUCUGGGACGGGCGUCUUUCUCCCAAGAAGAACCGGUAAUCCGGCGGAUUUCAAGAAAAAAACUGGAUGCUCGACCGUUCUGUUGCCGGCGAGAGUAGUUCAGGCGUUGAAUCUCAACAUUGAUGGCAUGGGCAGCGCACGGCCAAGCUUCUACCAGGGGAGUCUCGUGCAUGACCCAGAUGGUUCGAUAAUGCUCGACCCCAGAACGUUUUGCGGACGGAACGGGGUGGUUCCUCCCCAGAGGAGAACUGGCCGUCCUCACCAACCGGCCGUCAGCUGCGAGCUGCGUUUGCCUCAGGAGUGGACUUACUGACACCGAUCUCUUCUCUCAGUUUCUACUACUAAUACGUUCCCUAUAGUUUUAGACGUCGUCGUCUUUUGGCUAUGAACUAGGUCAAUAAUAAAUUAAAAGGUUUUUGUUUUUAGAGAUAGGCUAAGGGAAAAAUGUUUUUGCGGAGGGAGGAGGGGAAGCUGUUUCUGUAAUAAAUAGUGCUUGCUGCUGUUGUAUGGUGCCCUCAUGGAAGGCCAUCAUGCGCAGAAAUGGCCGAGGGUUGUGCGUGUGUGUCCUCGUCUGGUCUGCAAGUUUUUGGAAUACCAGAGUGUGGGGUAGCCCUAGAAAACCACCUCCGAAAGAUAAUAAGCGGUGUCGGUGUAUUGCUUUCUGUACUUUGCGGCAAUGAAAAGUUAGUGAAGGAAAGGCGCGUUCGGUUCUGUUAUUAUAUAAACGCAUUGCUUCUUUCUUAAGGAAUGCUGCUUUGUGUUGGC